GAAUUGCAAUCGCCAUCCUGAGGGAGGUUGCUUGUGUGAGAUGGGAGGCAUUUCAAUCGCAGUUGAUGCUGCAAGUUCAUUAGGGGCAUCUGUGAGCAAUGGCUCCAACUACACCAUGGCAGCAUCCAACUGUGCCAUGGAUGCAUCUAACUACACCAUGGCAGCAUCCAACUGUGCCGUGGAUGCAUCAAACAUGCUAUCUGUGCCUUCAACAUCCAAUCCUGCCGAUCAGCCAACCAGGAAAUUCAGUGCCACCACCAAACCUUUUCCUGUUGGUGAAGAGCGACUCCACCAUGUGAUGACUCCGCAUGUGGUGGUGAUGGUGGGACUCCCUGCCCGGGGCAAGACUUAUAUGGCUAAGAAGCUGACGCGCUACCUCAACUGGAUAGGAAUUAAAACUAAAGUGUUCAACUUGGGGGAAUAUCGUCGUCGGGUCACAACAAUGUACAAGAAUCACAACUUCUUCAGGUCUGACAACUCAGAGGCAAUGAUCGUGCGCCAGCAGUGCGCCAUCAAAGCCCUCGAAGAUGUCUGCAAAUGGCUCAAGGCAGAGAAUGGCGAAGUGGCCGUUUUUGACGCUACAAAUACAACUCUGGAACGCCGCAAGCUGAUCCACAGCAUUGUUGUUGGCCAGAUGGGCUGCAAACUCUUCUAUGUCGAGAGCAUUUGCGAAGACCAGUCAAUCAUAGAGUCUAACAUCAUGGAAGUGAAAGUCAAUGGUCCCGAUUACAAGGGCAUCAGUGCAGAAGUUGCCCUAAAAGAUUUCUUGCUCCGAAUUGAUCAUUACAAACGCGAAUAUCAGCCUUUGGACGAGGAGAAAGAGGACCACCUUUCUUUCAUGAAAAUAUACAAUACUGGUGAAAAGGUCGUAGUGCAUAAACAUGAAGGCCACGUCCAGGCCCGUAUUGUGUAUUAUCUCAUGAACAUCCAUGUUACGCCUCGCUCAAUAUACCUGUCACGUCACGGGGAGAGCAUGCAUAACGUGGAGGGUAGGAUUGGCGGUGAUACUGAUCUGAGCAAUCGAGGACUACAGUAUCGUGAUGAGCUUGCAAACUACAUCAACUCUCAAAACAUUCCCCAUUUAAGAGUAUGGACUUCAUGGCUGAAACGCACCUUGCAAACCGCCAGCAAGAUCAAGGCGCCCCAGGAACGCUGGAAGGCUUUAAACGAAAUCGAUGCUGGAGUUUGUGAAGAACUCACCUAUGCUGAAAUUAAGGAAAAGUAUCCUGCUGAUUUCGAGGCUCGGGACUUGGAUAAGUUGACGUACCGCUACCCCAGAGGGGAGUCUUACGAGGACCUCAUAGCUCGGCUGGAGCCCGUCAUCAUGGAGCUGGAGCGUCAGGCCAACGUGCUGGUGGUGGCCCACCAGGCCGUGCUGCGCUGUCUGCUUGCGUACUUCAUGGACAAGCCUUUAGAGGCGCUGCCAUACAUUCACGUGCCCCUGCACACGGUGAUCAAGUUGACUCCCGUGGCGUACGGCUGCAAGGUGGAGUACGUCGACCUGCAAGUGCCGUCCGUCAACACGCACCGAGGCAAACCUAGAGUGCCAGGAGCGCUGGAGUCUCCUGAGGCUUUAGGACAGUCCGGCCUCCAUCCUGAGGAACAAGAUCACAACACUUCCUAUGAAAUCCCAACGUCAAGCGUCAUCGACACGCACUACGAGGCCCACACCUCGGGUGUCAUCGACAAUCGCAGCCUUGCAUCCUGAGUUUGACUGCAAUUUAGGCCUUAACUCGAAAGCAAGUUUCUUAGGAUUUUUACUCAAUGUAUUUGGAUUUCACAAAUUAUUUCUUUGCUCGAUUUCUCUUUGUAUUAAUUUUUCAUCUACAUAGUGUAUUGCUUCUACUAUCUUGUCCUUAGUUGAAGUUUGUCGGUCGUGUAGAAACUUGUUUUGAACGGU